UUCUACAUAUAAGAAAUCCAUCUAUAUGGCGCAUAAAUCCCCAAAUUCCGUCCUGAUUUUGGGUGAUAAUUUCUCCCUGUGCCGGCACACCACCCGAGCACACGAUUCUGGUUCCCCCGAUUCGCGAUUCGAGGCAGAACCUCGGGCUAAAUCGCAGCUGGAGGGCAGUGCGAUGGGCUGGCGAACAGGAGCGAACCGGAGGCCCAGAAAAUCGCGAAGCUUUAGCGCGCUUUUCCUUUGUUCCCGGGCUCUUUGUGCCAGCUCAAUUGUUCGCAAGGACAUGCGGAACCAGAAACUCCUUGCGGAAAUCGGGAAGCUGGCGUUCAGCUGUGCGAAUCCUUGGCGAAAUCCCAAGGAGACCCCUGUGCAAACUCGUUUCGCUACAAAUAUCUUGGCACCGCAGGAGCGACAGACAGCAGCUGCCAGGAUGCUCAAGUGGGCUGUCAACCAGCCGCGAAACUCGUAUCUGGCCAAGGAGCUGGCCAUGGGAUCGCAAACAGGAUCGGCAUCCGGAUCAGGAUCAGGCUCUCUCGAGCAGAAAGCCGAAGUGGUGGGCUCCAGCUACAGCGAGUUCCACGCCCUGCGUGGCAAACUCAAGAGGAAGUCGAUCGGAGUGGCGCCAGGCAAGGAGAACCAGCUGACCUCCACGCCGCUGCCGGCCAGCUCCAGCCUCCAUACUCGCACACCACUGCUCAAGGACCUCAGCAACAUCCUGGCCACGCCGCCAACGGCAGGAGCAACUGGAGGAGCAACUGCUGCUCCCCUGAAGUUCGCCUGCACACUGCCCACCUUCGAGGCGGAGUACUCGCCCAAUGCCGCCGUCAUCCCUGGCUCCCUGAUCGCCCUGCGCGGCAUGGGCAUCCCGGACAGCUACUUCGAGAAGCCGCGCUACCUGGAGCAGAAGCCACUACCACAUCCGCAUCCGCAUCCAGCUCCUCCGACCGGCGAACAGAAUACGCUCAGUUCCAGCCAGAUGGGCGAUGUGACCCUGGAGCGCAUGAUCGAUGCCAUCCUCGAGAGCAACCGCAAGGUGCUGCCCAACGCCAGACAGCACCAGCAUCAGCACCGCCAGCCCAGGCAGCAUCUCCGCCAGCGGCACAGGCUCAGGCAGCAGGUGCUCCGGAGCAGCCAUGGACACGGGCACGGCGCCACCCAGACGCCAUCGCCCACCUACCGCCCCGCCUUCGAUCCGGCCAGCGAUCUGUGCGAGUACUGGAAGUCGCCCUCGCGGAGGGAUUCCCUGCCAGCGGACGGCUUCGAGGAGCGGGAGGUGCGCUCCCCCGUGCCCACCGAAUCCGAAUCGCAGGAUGCCAAGCGGCACUCCCUGCAGCUGCGCAGGCAGCGGGUGGUGCGGCGCAAGCGGAAGAUCACCACCAAGAUCUCCUCCAGCGUCAGGCAGUCGGCUCAGAAGCUGCUCGCAGCGGCCAGGUCCGGAUCCGCAGUGCCCAGCCAGCGGUUCGCCCAGAAGAGGCGCCACAUCAGCCCGGACAGUGGGCACAACUCGACCAGCGACUUUGAGGAGGAGCUGGUGGCCAUGGGAUCCUGCGGCGGGCGGGUAGAGGCGGUCACCAAGCGGCGGCUGAGCUUCUCCUACGCCGAGGAUCUGUUCGUGGAGAAGUGACCCCGAAUUGGGGACAUGUCCAUAUGUUGAUUUUUGACUUCUGUUUGGUUAUAACUUAAACCUUUUUUUUUGAGUGGCUAAAAGCGCAGAAUUGCCUUGGAAUACGUAUGUUGAAACAGAUCCUAUAAUUACCUAAGAAUCCUUUUUUUUUCUGACAAAUAAAAAACCGAUUUGAAAAACUA